GACAGGCGGCGCUUGUUGCAAAUUUUUCGAGAAGGGAUUUGGAUAGUUUGGACUCUCUGAUUGAAUGCAAUAAUUCCUAUGAUGGCGGAGGGGCCAGAAUUAAAUUUCUUUGAUUUGCGAACGGUACAUGAUCAUUUUGAUCAAGCACUCGUGGAAAAUGACGAUAUUGAUCUAAAAGCAUAUCUGGAGGCCUACAACGAACUAUAUAAAUUUUUUCAGCUGAUGGGCAGUGUCUUCAGUUUUGUCUCUUCUGAUCUGAAACAAAAGAUAGAAAUCUUGACUGAAUUAAAAAGUAAAGAUGCUCAGAAUUAUAUGACUGUUAAAUCUAUGAUUGAAUAUGAAAGAGAAAACAAACUUUUAGAGAAAACCGAUUUUGUUAAUGGCGCACGUACUUUAUUGAGACUUCAUAGAGGCUUAGAUUUUAUUAGGGAAUUUUUACAACAAUUGGGUGAUCUCGCAGAUGUUGAGAAAACGACUUCCUGUUGUCAAGAUGCAUACAAUAAAACUUUGGCCAAGCAUCAUCCAUGGAUGAUCAGGAAAGCUGCAAUAGUUGCAAUGUACACUAUGCCUAGUAGGGAGAUUUUGUUCAAAAAGGUUUGCGGUGAAAAUGUUCAGCGGAAUAUAGAUGUUUUACCCAAAAUGUUGGAGGUGACUGCCGACGUAUUUAACCGCACUGAUAGCAUUUAUGAGACUUAUCAGUUGCAUGCUCUACCAUAAAUGAUCUUAGAAAAUGAAAACGAUAGUUCAUCUACUUUCGGCUUUUCGAAGUACUACAUGCGAUCAUUCCACAUUUUCGAGACAUUGUGAUAUUACUGCAUUGCGACAUUUAUACCAUUGCGAUAUUAUAGGUUUAAUAUUCUUAAUUAAUAUGUAAUAAAUAAGCAGGAGCUUAUUUUUGGGGGGAAUUUGUAUUUCUUGGUAAUUAAUUGAUAUAGGUGAAUAAUUAUUAUACAUACAAAAUAAUGUACAAAUAAUGGCACAAG